CAUACCCAAUUUCUGUUUUCGGGAAAGAAACGCAAUGGGGGAUCACUAGUGAAAAGUUUUUUUUAAAAAUCAGCUUAACUUGUUAAAAGGGUUAGUUUUGUUGUCUUUAUGUUCAAUGGACCGCACAUCCGUUGGAUCUGCUAGUUUUUUUUUCCGAGCAAAUAAAAUGACUGCCUCGCUGUUCUUGAAUGUUGUGCAAUGCAGCAAGUAAACGAUUACGGAUAAAAUCCACCCGCCCCUCGAACCACGACAUCAAGCUAAGAAAAUUCAGAAUAGAAAGAAGUAAAAGGAGAGGACACCAGCCACAUCAUCUCCAACACUCCUCAACCACCUGCUGAUACAUUUGAUAAUGUCUACAGCCUCUCAGGCACCCUGAUGCCUCAACAACCCUUCCCAACUCAGCGUGACUGUCCUCUAUAACCAACUAUCCCAAACACCCAGACUAGUCUGCAACUCAAUAUCCCCCACUGAAGCAACUGACAUUGGAAUAAAUUGGAUUGAUUCACAAGAAUAAGCAUGGACUUAUUAAGGGAAACUAACUUGCUGAAGUUAGGCAAUGGAGAAGAUUGAAGAGGGGAAGGCUGUUAUGUGCUGUACCUGGACUUUCAAAAGGUCUGGAAGCUGAUUGGCCAUCAUGGCGUCCCGUGCAGGCCCACGUGCAGCAGGAACAGAUGGCAGUGACUUCCGACAUAGAGAAAAAGUAGCUUCACAUUAUCAGAUGAGUGUGACUUUGAAGUCUGAAAUCAAGAAACUGAUAGUUGCACACAUGGUAAUUUGGAUGUUGCUCAUUCUUCAGGUUAUUGUCAGUCACAUGAAAUUGGUGUCACAUGACCUGAUAGCUAUGCCAUACCAAUGGGAAUACCCCUACCUGCUGAGCAUCAUACCAUCCAUCUUCGGUUUUAUAUCCUUUCCUCGGAACAACAUCAGUUAUCUUGUGCUCUCCAUGAUCAGUGCAGGGCUGUUCUCCAUUGCUCCUCUAAUUUAUGGUACCAUGGAGAUGUUUCCCAUGGCACAACAGCUCUAUCGUCAUGGCAAGGCCUACCGCUUCAUCUUUGGCUUUUCUGCUGUAUCAGUCAUGUACUUGGUCUUGGUUAUUGCAGUGCAAGUUCACGGCUGGCAGAUUUACUACAGCAAAAAGUUACUGGAUUCUUGGUUUACCUCUACACAGGAAAAGAAAACGAAAUAGUUGAUGGAUGAAUGCUGAGACCUGGUCAAUGAACAAUGUGAAUAUAAUGGGACUGUAUCAGUCCUGUAAAUAUGAUAGUCUGGUGUUUAAACGCUGUAGAUUGUUUUGUGUGUGCUGGUUUGUUAUUAAUACCAUCUUUGUACCCUAGUGCAUUUGCUUCCACAUCACUUAAAACUGACAGUGCUAUGUCUCCAGGAUAUUUGGUGCAAAUGCCAUUCCAUACUGUGGAUGUCAAUGUGAUGCAUCAUACUCCAUUUAAGGAUACAACACAAUUACAAAGCUGUUGGGAAAUGCAGUAAAUUCAGAAAUGCUUCAGUGAACCUGAUUUUAUUGAAAUCAAAGAUUUGAUUGUACAUGGAAUUGAAAUGUUGUAACUUGUGAUUUUUCAACAGGACAAACAUUUUGUUUUUGGUUUAAUUGGCUGUGAAAAGCUGCUGUUAAGAUUUUUUUGAAACAUAAUUUAGUCUUGUUAAUAAGUUAUGUGGCUGAUAGAUUGGACCAUUACGUAGCUUUGGGACUUGUGCUAUGCCUAUUCCGGACUGUAUUUAAAUACAAUCAUGAUUGGAUAGAAUGUUGAGACCCAUAAGGUUUGUUCACUCCUUUAAGAUCAAGUCAGCCUUUUCGUUUACUAUGAAAGCAUUCCAGAUUAAUUGAGCUAUUUAAUUAAAAAUAUUCGUUCUAACACAAUUAAAAGAAUUUAAAGUAGCUAUGUUCGUAAUUUCAGUAAAGACCAACAUAUGACAGUGCAUUUAACCCUUUGCAUAUACUUUAAGUUGUGUUACAGAACUAUCUACGUUCUGGAUUUGGCUCCUGUGCAUUGUGCCAUCUGUAAUGUUGCAUGUAAAACCAUCUCUGUAUAUAUUGGAUCUCACGAUCUCAAGUGUAAAAUAUAUCAAGUGGCCAGUGGAUUUUUUUGCAUCUGCCUUAUUGAGAAUCUUGAUAUGUGACACAACUAUAAUAUUGUUUACCUUCAAAGAAAUGCAGAGGCUGUCAGCACACCUGCAAUUAUUUAAUAAUGACAGCAUGCCUACUUAAGAGACAUGGUGCUGCGUAAAUGUGGACUGAAUUCCAUUGGCAAGUUGUAAUGUGGCCUAACAAAAUGAGGUGGAUUCCUGUUCCAUAUUCAAACAAACUUGAGGAAGGAAUUUCAUCCUGUUUAUUUGCAGAGCUGUAAGGAAGUUUAAUGGUAGAAAAACACUGAGGUGGAAGGCCUGAUAAUUGUCAGGAGCAUAGGUUGCAUUUUAGUUGCUGCAAGUUUGAUUUUAAGGCUAAGAGCUUCACAUCUAGCUGUCACAAAAAUGAAAAUAUUAGGUAUGGUUAAUUCUAAUUUGAGAAAAUUUUGUGUUUUAUGUUCAAAUGGGCGUCAGUGAACUUAAUUUUUAUUCUGAUUUUCAUUAUUUCAUAUUGUGUUUGCCACAAUGGCAGCAAAUUGGAUGCAUUGCUUAAUUCAAAGUUACGUGGUUAUGUAACAUAAUUUAGUUGAGCUCUAAUGUAAAUGGAAUAACUUGAUGCAUAUGUAUGUGUUUUGCGCUUUAUGAAUAAAAUUGAGUCAUCAUA